AUGAUUUUUUUCAUAUUCUUAAUAGUUGCUAUAGUUGCUAUAGUUGUGCUUUUGUAUGUGUAUUUGACAUGGAAUUUUGAUUACUGGUUUAAACGCGGAGUUCCAGCACCAAAAGCUAGAGUUUUACUUGGUGACUUACCAAAUGGAUUGACUAGAAAAGAAAAUGUGGUCUACGACAUCGAAAAAAUUUAUAACGAUUUUAAGGCCAAAACUCCAUUUGUGGGAAUAAUUCAAACGCGUGACCCUCGUUUAGUAGUUUUGGAACCUGAAUUAAUUAAAGAUGUUCUCAUAAGAAAAUUUAAUAAUUUUCGCAACAGCGAGUUUGUUGACAUGAUUGAUGUUAAACAAGAUCCACUGUUUGCAAAGAAUCCAUUCUUCUUAAAAGAUGAGGAAUGGAAAGAAAAGAGAGCUGAGAUCACUCCAGCAUUUACUGUAAACCGCAUGAAAUCACUUUAUCCACUUAUACAAGACGUCAGUGCCAGAAUGGUCAAGUACAUCACAAUUGAGUCCAAAAAAUCCGAACCAUUCGAUGCUCGUGAAUUAUCAGCAAAAUACACAACGGAUGUGGUAAGCAACUGUAUUUUUGGAAUCGAUGCUGGAUCUUUUACCAAAGAAAAGCCUGAAAUUCGUGAGAUGGGCAGAAGACUCAUAGCACCAUCAACAAAGCUGUUCAUCAAAAUGUUCUUUGCUGAGUCAUUUCCAUUUUUGAGGAGAUUCAUUUCAAUUCAAUUUAUGCCAGAUGAUGUGAAAGACUUCUUUGUUAGUCUUAUGCAACAGGCAUUGAAGUUCAGACAAGAAAAAAAUGUUCAACGCGAAGAUUUUCUCGAUUAUGUCAUUCAUUUGAAAAGCAAGAAGAACAUUAGUGAAUUGGAGAUGGCAGCGCAUACGAUCAGCUUCUUUACAGAUGGUUUUGAGACGUCGUCAAUCGCUAUUGCACAUGCUCUUUAUGAGAUUGGAAAGAGUAAGCGUGUCCAAGAUAAACUACGCGAUGAAGUAAACAAUCAUUGGGACAACAAUGGCCAAAUAAACUUUGAAACCUUGUCUGAAUUAACUUAUCUUGACCAAGUAUUCCAUGAAGCUUUGCGUUUGCACCCGCCAGCGGUAAUGACAUCAAAAAUGUGCUCAGAAACUACAGAUCUUGAAUAUGAUGGAAAGAAAGUUACUGUCGAGAAGGGUUUAAGUGUCUAUAUUCCUAUUUAUUCACUCCAUUAUGACUCGCAACACUUUUUGGAACCGAAAAAGUUCCAUCCUGAAAGGUUUGAUGAUGGAGCUAUGAAGGAUUAUCUUGAUCGAUGUGUCUUUUUGCCUUUUGGAGCUGGACCGAGAAUCUGUCUCGGCAUGAGAUUCGCCUUAUUACAAAGCAAAGCUGCUUUAGCUGCAAUCGUCCAUAACUUUGAAAUAUCAGUCAACGAGAAGACAGCAGAUCCAUUGAUCAUCGACCCAAAGGAGUUUUUAAACGUCAAAGUAGGAGGAUUGUGGUUGAAUUUUAAGCCUUUGAAUGAAGAAUGA